AUGGAUUCUAUCCUUACACUAGUGCAUAUAAUAAUGGCAAUCAUUAAUUUUUCCAGGGCCCAAGAAAAUACUUGCAGCGUGCAUGGAGAUCCUGCAUACCCACAGCUAUGGAAGAAUGGUGAUAUCAUUAUUGGAGGAAUUUUCCCUUUCCACAGUAAAUGGGAGAUGACAGACUCAUCCUAUUCAGUCAUGCCACCUACAGUGAAUUGCAUGAGUCUGGAAUUUAGAGCCCUGCAGUAUUCACAGACCUUAAUAUUUGCAAUAGAGGAGAUCAACAACAGUUCAUCUCUACUGCCUGGAGUCUCACUGGGCUACAAGAUCUAUGAUACAUGUGGUUCUCCAGCACUGGGGGUGAAAGUAGCAAUGGCACUUGUGAAUGGAAAUGAGAACUCAGUGUCAGAGCAAAUCUGCACAAAGCCUGCACAGGUGCAAGCCAUAAUUGGAGAGACAUAUUCAUCAGUGUCCAUGGCUAUAUCAAAGAGUAUUGGACCUUUCAGCAUGCCCUUAAUCAGUUAUUAUUCCACCUGUGAGUGUCUGAGUGAUAAAAGGAUAUAUCCCUCAUUUCUGCGCACUAUUCCCAGUGAUUAUUACCAAACCAUAGCACUAGCAGAGAUGGUCAAGCACUUUGGCUGGACCUGGGUGGGAGCAAUAAGAAGAGAUGAUGAUUAUGGUAACAGCGGAAUGGCUGCAUUUACUAAAAUUGCAGAAAAACUUGGCAUAUGUUUUGAAUACUCUCUGCCAUUUUUCAGAACUUACUCACAAGAGAAAGUGUUGAGAAUUGUUGAGCAAAUUAAAAGCUCUACUUCCCGAGUUAUAGUGGGAUUUGUCACUCCCUGGGACCUGGAGAUUUUGCUUCAUGUAUUUUCUGAACACAACAUCACUGGAUAUCAGUGGGUAGGAACUGAAGGAUGGAUUGCUGAUCCAGUGGCAGCCACUUUGGACAAGUACAAUAUAUUGCAAGGAGCCGUAGGGCUAGCUAUUCCCAAAACAACAGUAAGAGGACUGAAGGACUUCAUUCUAGAUGUCAAACCAUUGAAAUCUGUAGGAAGUGCAAUUUUUAUAAAAUUUUGGGAAGCUAUGUUUAAUUGUAAAUAUAGCAUACAAAAUAAUUCAGAGAACAUACCAGUGUGCACAGGUGAAGAGAAAGUGUCUGACAUUGAAAACACCUUCACUGACAUGUCUAUGAUGCCAAUUUUCAGUAAUGUUUAUAAAGGAGUAUAUGCCAUUGCCCAUACACUCCAUGAACUUCUUGGCUGCAAACAAACCUGUCCUACGAAGAAGCAGCCUGAUCCUCUUACUUUUCUAGAACAGCUGAAAAAAGUGCGUUUUAAGACAAAAGAAGGUGAAGAGGUUUAUUUUGAUGAAAAUGGGGAUCCUCCGGCAAAAUAUGAAAUAAUAAACUGGCAAAAAAGUAAAGAAAACCAAUAUGAAUUUGUCACUGUUGGACUUUAUGACUCCUCUGUUCCUGCUCAGCAUCGUUUAGCAGUAAACAUGGCCUCCAUUAUCUGGGCACAAAAUACAAAUCAAAUGCCAAAAUCUGUAUGCAGUGAGAGCUGUCCUCCUGGCACAAGGAAAGCUGUACAGAAAGGAAAACCCAUCUGCUGUUUUGACUGUAUACCAUGUGCUGCUGGAGAAAUCAGUAAUAUAACAGAUGCUAUUAUAUGUGAACAAUGCCAGCAGGAUUACUGGUCAAAUGCACACAAAGAUGAAUGUGUAAAAAAGGAAAUCGAAUAUCUAUCCUAUGAAGAAACUAUGGGAAUUUUGCUAACAGCAGUGUCUAUUAUUGGUGCUUUAAUGACACUGGUAAUAGCAAUCAUAUUCUAUAGAUACAAAAAUACCCCAAUAGUCAAAGCAAACAACUCUGAGCUGAGCUUCCUGCUGCUCUUCUCUCUGACUCUGUGCUUCCUCUGUUCACUUACUUUCAUUGGAAGGCCCUCUGAGUGGUCCUGUAUGCUGCGUCACACAGCAUUUGGGAUCACCUUCGUCCUCUGUAUCUCCUGUGUUCUGGGAAAGACAAUAGUGGUGUUAAUGGCCUUCAGGGCUACACUUCCAGGCAGUAAUGUCAUGAAAUGGUUUGGGCCUCCACAGCAGAGACUCAGUGUACUUGCCUUCACUCUCAUACAGUUCCUCAUCUGUGUGCUUUGGUUGACAAUUUCCCCUCCUUUCCCCUUUAAAAAUCUAAAGCACUACAAGGAAAAAAUCAUUCUUGAAUGCAGUUUAGGUUCAAAUUUAGGUUUCUGGGCUGUGCUGGGUUAUAUAGCCCUUCUGGCUCUUUUAUGUUUUGUUUUGGCUUUCCUUGCCCGGAAGUUACCUGAUAAUUUCAAUGAAGCUAAAUUUAUCACUUUCAGCAUGCUGAUGUUCUGUGCAGUUUGGAUCACUUUUAUUCCAGCUUAUGUCAGCUCUCCUGGAAAAUUUACUGUAGCUGUAGAGAUAUUUGCCAUUUUAGCCUCAAGCUUUGGUUUACUAUUCUGUAUCUUUCUUCCAAAGUGUUACAUAAUCAUACUGAAACCAGAAAAAAACACCAAAAAACAAUUAAUGGGGAAGAUGGAGUCCAUUUUCACACUCUUGCAUGUUUUAAUGGCUAUCGUCAAUUUUUCCAGAGCUAAUAAUUCUACUUGUAGUCUGAGUGGAGAGCCUGUAUACCCACAUAUAUGGAAGGAUGGUGAUAUCAUAGUUGGAGCACUUUUCCCCUUUCAUAGUAAUUGUGACAUCACAGAACCAUCCUAUUCUGUCAGGCCAUCUUCAACAAAAUGUAUGAGUCUGGACUUCAGAGCUUUCCAGUAUUCACAGUCCUUGAUUUUUGCAACAGAGGAGAUCAACAAUAGUUCGUCUUUACUGCCUGGAGUCUCGCUGGGCUACAAGAUCUAUGACACCUGUGGUACCGCAGGAUUGGGGGUGAAAGUGGCAAUGGCUCUAAUUAAUGGAAAUGAGAACUCAGUCUCUGAAGAGAUCUGCACAAAGCCUGCACAGGUGCAAGCCAUAAUUGGAGAGACAUAUUCAUCAGUGUCCAUGGCUAUAGCAAAGAGUAUUGGACCUUUCAGCAUGCCCUUAAUCAGUUAUUUUGCCACCUGUGAGUGUCUCAGUGACAAAAGGAAAUAUCCCUCAUUUUUACGCACUGUUCCCAGUGAUUAUUACCAGAGCAGAGCCCUGGCAGAGAUGGUCAAACACUUUGGCUGGACCUGGGUGGGAGCAAUAAGAAGAGAUGAUGAUUAUGGUAACAAUGGGAUGGCCACUUUUACCAAAGUUGCAGAGCAACUUGGCAUAUGCUUAGAAUACUCUCUUCCAUUUUUUGGAACCUAUUCAAAGGAGAAAGUGCUAAGAAUUGUUGAGCAAAUUAAAAGCUCAACUUCUCGAGUAAUAGUGGGAUUUCUCACUCAAUGGGAUUUGGAAAUUUUGGUGCAUGUGUUUUCUGAACACAACAUCACUGGAUAUCAGUGGGUAGGAACCGAGGGCUGGAUCGCUGAUCCAAUAGUGGCCACACUAGAUAAGCACAACAUACUGCAAGGAGCCAUAGGGCUAGCUAUUCCCAAAACAAAGGUGGCCGGACUGGAGGACUUCAUUCUAGAUAUAAAGCCACUGGAAUCUGUAGGAAGUGCCAUUUUUACAAAAUUCUGGGAGAGUUUGUUUAAGUGUAAAUAUACAGUGCAGAAUGAUUCAGGGAACUCACCAGUGUGCACAGGAAAAGAGAAACUGUCUGAAAUGGACAGUGCUUUCACUGACAUGUCCCUGAUGCCUAUUUUCAGUAAUGUGUAUAAAGGAGUGUAUGCCAUUGCCCACACUUUACAUGACCUUCUUGGGUGCAAAGAAACAUGUCCUACAAAGAAGCAGCCUGAUCCUUUUACAUUUCUGGAACACCUCAAAAAGGUAAAUUUCAAGACCAAAGAAGGUGAAGAAGUUUAUUUUGAUAUAAAUGGUGACCCACCAGCAAAAUAUGAAAUAAUAAACUGGCAAUUAAAUAAAAAUAAUCAAAGUGAAUUUGUCACUGUUGGACUUUACGACUCCUCUUUACCUGCUGAUGGUCGAUUAGCAGUAAACCUGCCCUCGAUUGUAUGGGCACAAAAUAGCAAUAAGGUACCAAUAUCUAUAUGUCAAGAAAGCUGUCCUCCAGGCACUAGGAAAGCUGUACAGAAAGGAAAACCCAUCUGCUGCUUUGACUGUAUUCCAUGUGCUGCAGGAGAGAUCAGUAACAUGACAGAUGCUAUUGAAUGUGAACAAUGCCAUCAGGAUUACUGGUCAAAUGCACACAAAGAUAAUUGUGUAAAGAAGGAAAUUGAAUAUUUGUCCUAUGAAGAAACAAUGGGAAUUUUGCUAACAGUAGUGUCCAUUAUUGGUGCAUUUAUGACGAUGGUAAUAGCAAUCAUUUUCUUUAGAUAUAAAGACACACCAAUAGUCAAGGCCAAUAACUCUGAGCUGAGCUUCCUGCUGCUCUUCUCUCUGGCUCUGUGCUUCCUCUGUUCACUUACAUUCAUUGGUCAGCCCUCUGAGUGGUCCUGUAUGCUACGACACACAGCGUUUGGGAUCACCUUCGUCCUCUGUAUUUCCUGUGUUCUUGGAAAAACCAUAGUGGUGUUAAUGGCCUUCAGGGCUACACUUCCAGGCAGUAAUGUCAUGAAAUGGUUCGGGCCUCCACAGCAGAGACUCAGUGUACUUGCCUUCACUCUCAUACAGAUUCUUAUUUGUGUGCUUUGGUUAACAAUAUCCCCUCCUUUUCCUUUCAAGAAUCUAAAACACUACAAAGAGAAGAUCAUUCUAGAAUGUCAUUUAGGCUCCAGCUUAGGUUUCUGGGCUGUGCUGGGUUAUAUAGGACUUUUGGCACUUUUAUGUUUUGUUUUGGCGUUCCUCGCCCGAAAGUUACCUGAUAAUUUUAAUGAAGCUAAAUUCAUCACAUUCAGCAUGCUGAUGUUCUCUGCAGUCUGGAUCACUUUUAUUCCUGCUUAUGUGAGUUCACCUGGGAAGUUUACUGUAGCUGUGGAGAUAUUUGCAAUUUUAGCAUCAAGCUUUGGUUUGCUAUUCUGCAUCUUUCUUCCAAAAUGUUAUAUAAUCAUACUGAAGCCAGAAAAAAACACUAAAAAGCAAAUGAUGGGAAAAGCUAAGUAA